AUGGACAAGUACUGCCGUCCCGUCGCUCUGUCCUCCCUCCUGCUGAUCCUCUGCUGCCUGUCUCUGCUCCGGGCUGGCUCCGCCGCGUCCGUCACCGCUGGCGCCACCGACGGCAGCGAGCUCUGGGGAUACGUCGAAGUCCGGCCAAAGGCUCACCUGUUCUGGUGGUACUACAAGAGCCCGCAGAGGGUGUCCACGCCGUCCACCCCAUGGCCGACCGUCCUCUGGCUGCAGGGCGGCCCGGGAGCGUCCGGCGUAGGGAUCGGCAACUUCCUGGAGGUCGGGCCGCUGGACGUCCACCUCAACCCCCGCAACUCCACCUGGCUGCAGAAGGCCGACCUCAUCUUCGUGGUCAGCCAGAGCUACAAACUCCUACUCCUCCAUGCAUCUUGCUUCUUCCUAACCCGACCUCGCCGUUUCGACGUAGACCGAUUGAUUACCUGUGUUGAUGGCUGGCUCGAUGCAUGGCAAUGGCAAUGGCAGGACAACCCCGUGGGCGUCGGGUACAGCUACGCGGAGAACGGCAGCGCGCUGGUGACGAGCGACUGGGAGGCGGCCGCGGACGCCACGGCGCUCCUCAAGGCGCUGGCCACGGAGCUCUCCUACGCGCCGCUGCUGCUGGACGUGUCGAGGCUGGACGACAACGCCGGCGACGCCGCCAAAGGGAAGGCAGCGACCGUGAAGGAGCAGAUCGCUGUGGGACAGUUCGCCGCCGCGUGGAACUCGUGGACGGACUUGCUUCUGUUUAUCGAGUCCAAGAGCGCUAGCGUUGACACCUAUAACUUCUUGCUUGAAGCUGGCAUGGACCCGGUGUCAGCGGCCUCUUCGUCAUCGGUGGCGGCAGUGAGCAAUGCCCAGACAAUGAAGUACUCAACAUACCUUAGUCGCAAGGAGGUUGCAUCUGGUCCCAACACCAUCAGCGGCAUCAUGAACGGCGUCAUCAAGGAAAAGCUCAAAAUCAUCCCCAGUAACCUCACGUGGCAAGGGAUAUCGGAGCUGGUCUACAAUGCACUGGUUGAUGAGUUGUUGUCUUACGGUGUGAAUGUGACGGUGUACAAUGGCCAGCUCGAUGUGAUCUGCUCGACGAUCGGCGCGGAAGCAUGGGUGCAGAAGCUCAAAUGGGACGGGCUGAAGAACUUCACAAGCCUGCCAAGGCAGCCCCUGUACUGUGGGUCCUCCAAGGUCACCCAGGCCUUCGUCAGAUCCUACAAGAACUUGCAUUUCUACUGGAUCCUUCAAGCUGGGCACUUUGUGCCUGCUGACCAGCCUUGCAUUGCACUAAGCAUGAUCAGUAGCAUAACCCAGUCUCCGGCAAGUUAGAUGACACACUAACUCUAGCUUUAUUGUACUUCUUUGUGGGGUAGCUCUAUUGUACCAUCUGCGAGAAGAUAGAUGGUGAUCAUGAUUCAGUGCAAAACCCAAUAUCCGACAUUUGCUAAUUGGAGUUGGCAUGUCAUUCCCUUCUUGGAGAUGUUGCUCUGGCAGAGUUGUAUUCUUAGUGUUGUCAUGGUUUGGUCGAUGUGCCUUCUU